AUUAUUAUUGUUGUUAUUGAUUCUAAGCAAAGCAUCGGUGGUAAUUAGCUCUCUGAAGGGUUCCCCUCGAGUCCCUUACGUAUUGAUCCCUAUUUGCGACAUUGUGCUUUCGAAUCCACAAAGCCAUGGAUAUAGAACAUGUCCUGAAGGAAGGCUCUAUUUCUUCUCUUACUCUGAGUUCGGUAGAGUCUAAUCAGAGAGGAGGUGUGCUUUCCCCAGAAGAUUUUGCUUGGGUUGACUCGUGCCUCGUCCAAGAUCCUGAAAUUUCAAAGGGGAGUUGCGAUUCUCUAAAAGAUGCCUCACAAGAACUCCUCAGUUCCCAAUCCAGAUCAUUCAGCUCUGCUGCAAUUAGUUGUUUUUUUCAAGAAGGAACUGAUGUGGAAAUACCACCUUCCUUGGAGGAGGCAGAUACUGUGCAUUUCCGAGGAAGAAGUGAUGAUGGCAUUGUUCUCCAAACAUGUGCAGCCAUGGAUGUGGAAGAUGGCCUGAUAGAAAGCUCUAACCUGAGUGGAGAAGUGUUUUCCGGAGAAGAUAUUGCUUGGGUUAACUCCUGCCUGAUCGAAGAUCCCGAAGAUUCAGUUAGUUGGGCUUCUCUGAAAAAUGCCUUACUAGAAAUUGUCAGUUCCGACUUCAGAUCAUUCGACUCCUUUGCUGCAGUUAGUGGUGGUUUACCCGAAGGAACUGAUGUUGAAAUACUACCUUCCUAUGAGGAGUCAGAGACUGUGCAGUUCCAGGGAGAAACCUCAGAUGACCUUGUUCUCAUUAACAAAAAAACAGAAAGAGAUGGUGAUCAUCUUCCACUCAAGUUUAAGAAUAACAGUUUGAAGUCUUUAACUUUGAAGGGAAAUCCAUUUCUGCCAACUUACACUGAAGGCGUGAAAGAGAGUGAAAGUAUUGAACCAAGGCUUGAUUUGGGUUCUUCAGCUUAUGGGAUGGAGCCCUCAACUGAGGAUAUCUUCAGGGUUUGGGAUUUGGGCAUUCCAUCCGAGGAAGAUGAAUUUGGUAAACAAUUAAACAAGGCAGCCCUAAGAGAAGGUUCAUUCAAGCCAAUGCCAUCAACUUUGAAUGAUUUAGAAGUAUCCAAAGAUGUCGAAGAAGUGUUUCCUGACCAUCUAGUUUCAGCCAUGGCAGACCUUUCUUUGAAUCAAACUUCUAGUUAAACGAAUGUGCAUAUUCCCUUUGUUUUUCCCCCUGCUGCUGACGUAUGGUUUCAAGUUGUUUUGAUGUGGUUGUUAAACUUUCCCCGGAAAUUGAACCUGCUGUCUUUCACUAUGCAUUGACAGAUUCGAAAUUUAAAUAGCAUCUAGCCAUAACAGUUCAUUGGGUUAUGACAGUUAGAUAUGAACCCUGAAUCUUCCACAGUGAACCGUAGAAGAUUUUGAGA